GCGCUGGGAGGGGGAGGCCGGGGCGCGCGGCUUGUGAACGGCCGGCCGGUCCAGCUGCACUCUCCCCUCUGCUGCUGCUGCCUCGGGGGGAAUUAGAUUAUUUCAAAAAUAACCACACAUGAGGAGGUGUACUUUCGAACAAAAAGGGAGGCUGACAGAGAGGGGUAACAAGAUGACGACCGAGUUCUGGGUCCCACUGUAAGGACAGGAAGGAGGCGAGAUGGCAGUGCAUGUUUUCAAAUGCCUGCGCCGGCCCGGGCGCUAGAGCAACCAACAGAGAGGAGAGUGUGUAGGACCACCCAGUGUUUUGACAGGAGAGUUAUGGAAUAUGAGGAGCUCGACGUGCCCCCCACUGACAGCCCCAUCAAAAGAGAAGGAGUCGUGUCCAAGAAGACUCAUUUGACCCAGAUUGAAAUUAUUCCCUGUAAGAUCUGUGGGGAUAAGUCCUCUGGAGUCCAUUAUGGAGUCAUCACUUGUGAAGGCUGCAAGGGGUUCUUCCGGCGUAGCCAGCUGCCCACUGUCUCCUACUCCUGCUCCAGGCAGAACAACUGUCAGAUCGACCGGGCCAGCCGCAACCGCUGCCAACACUGCCGCCUGCAGAAGUGCUUGGCACAGGGCAUGAGCAGAGAUGCUGUGAAAUUCGGGCGGAUGUCCAAACGUCAGCGGGACUCUCUGAUAGCUGAAGUGGAGCGGCACCGGCAGCAGCAGCAGCAGCAGCAGCAGCUCCAGGAAGACGCCCCGUCUCUCUUGUCCUUCGCCACCAAGGCCCGUCCAGACCGCUCAGCGCAGCUCCUUCAGCCCAUGGCCUCCGCCUACUCCUUCAGCGGGGAUCCCGAGCUGCUGUCCUACACCGCUGAUGUCCACCCUUACCUGCUGUGCUCACCCAACGAGUCCCAGGUGUCUGGUAUGAUCUACCGAGGCUCCGCUGUGUCCCCCACCUUGAGAUCCCAGGGGAGGGGAGACAACAGCGGACACCCUGAGAUAAGAGGAUUUGACUCCAGACAGCCGCCUCAUGAUCUGGUGGCGAUUCACCCCUACAGCCCUCUGGAGGAUCCUUACAGCAUCUAUCCUCACUCUCUGAGAAACGUCGAUGAGCUGUGUGCCAGCAUCGUGCGCUCCCACAGAGAGACCACUCAGUACAGGUUGGAGGAGCUGCAGGCUCUCAGAUGGAAAGUGCUCAGCAGAGAGGAGAUCCAAGUCUACCAGAGCAAAUCGGUGGAUGAGAUGUGGCAGCACUGUGCCAUCCGACUGACUGAUGCCGUGCAGUACGUGGUGGAGUUUGCAAAACACAUCCCAGGUUUUCGUAUGCUCAGCCAGAACGACCAGAUUGCUCUCCUGAAGACCGGCUCCAUGGAGGUGGUUCUAGUCCGGAUGUGUCGCUACUUCAACACAGAGAACAACACCGUCUUUUUCGAUGGGAAAUUUGCUGGACUUGAAGUCUUCAAGUCUCUGGCAUGUGGUGAUUUAAUCACAGCAGUGUUUGACUUCGCUCAUGAUAUGUGUGCUCUAAAGCUCACUGAGCAGCAGAUCGCUCUCUUCAGUGCUCUGGUGCUGAUCAACACAGAUUAA